AUGACUGGUGAUCAGCGGGUGUGUCUCCGUCAAGUGGCGCCGCCCGGAAGUGAGAAAGGCAUCUAUGCCCUGCUUCCACUCGGCCAUGAUGUCUGGGUCUGCGGCCACCAUCCGUCCAUCCAAGUGUAUUCCCAGAGGGACAUGGCCCAGACCUCCACGGAGGAUGGUCACAAGCCCUACGUGUCUAACCUCAUCGGAGUCGACAGAGUUGAAUCCAAGAUUAUUUGGAGCACAUCGUUUGGCGAUCGCAAGCUGAAAGUCUGGCGGCACACGGUUCGUGGCGAGGAGGCUUCAGUUGACGAAUUGAAAGCAGCCAACAUACUGUAUCAGCAAGAGGAGGAGACUCAAGCGGAGCGCAUCGAGAGCUAUUUGAAGAAGAUGAGGGCACUGGAAGAAUCGUCUUCGGGUCAGCAGGGAGAGAUCGAUCUGCUCCAGAAGCAGCUGGAAGAUCAGACUGCAAAACGGGAGGAGCUUGAAGUCGAGCUUGGCACUCUGCAGAAGAUCUUCGAGGAAGCCGGUCUGGCGGAACUGCUCAAGGACCCAGAGGCCCUGUCAGCUUUCCUCACACGCGCGGCAGCCCUGGCAGCGGAGUUAAGGAAGCUGGGCAUCGAAAGUCUUCUGGAAGAUCCCGAGGAGAUGGCACGCCUCCUGUCUCUGAUGAAUCAACUCCAGGAGAUUUUCGAGCGUUGCGGACUAUCGAGCCUGCUGGAGAAGCCUUCGGAGCUGGAAGCAAUGCUUUUACGCUACAAAGCCAUGCAGGCCUCCUUCGAGAAGAACGGCUUCUCGGAGUUGUUUGAGGAUACCGACAGGCUGGACAAGUUCCUCGAGACUCACCGACAGGUCCGGUUGUCGUUCCAAGCUGCCGGCUUCGAGAAUUUGCUUGAUGAUGCCGCUGCAGCAGAGCAGUUCUUCCAAAAGCGGCAGGCAGACCUAGAGUCUUCCGCGGCCGCCUCCGAGAGCGUCGCAGCUUUGGAGGCCCAGCUCCAGCAAGUGACUCAGGACUUGGAGGCGAUGCAGGGACAGCGCGAUGCUCUGCAGCGCGAGUGCGACGAGAUCAAGGAUCGGCUUGAGGCGCACCGCGUGGGCCAACUGGUCAGUUUCAAUUCGGACCGACAUGGCUUAGCUCUCUAA